AGGAAAUUCACAGCCGGUCUAUCAGCCGGGGUCAACGUGGCUGUGCUUCCCAGUGCGAGUGAAGGACUUGCCGCUUACAGCGCGCGUUCAUUUUGACGUCGUGCGCGAGGACGGGAGUCGCUAUCAAGCCAUGCUUCACUUGUUUCAGCGGUCUGGCGUGCUUAAGCAGGGCCGACAACUGCUUAUCCUACGUGACGCGGCAGAACAGGCCGAAGACGACGCCGGCUCGUGGAACGACGUGGAGGACACACUUGCCUCAACAGCGUCUCCCGGUCGGUCACAGAAGUUACGCUGGGACGAGCCACGGAAUUCGGUAGAAGGGGAACUUAUGAACUGGGAUAAACUCCUCGACCUGGCUGAUCGCACAAUUUUAGCGGAAGGAGGCGGUUUCUCGCGUGAGCACGUCCAACAGCUCGAAGACGAUGCCUUGGACCGUCUGGGAAAAGAGGUUCUUUGCUCUACAUAGAGUGGAUUAAUUCUAAUGCAGGAGUAUCAAGAUCAAGAAUGGAAAUGGAUGCACGACAUGGUUAUUUUUGAGUGUGAUCCAUUGGGAAUUGUAUUCUUGAUAUCGUCACGCACUAUCGAUUUAGGUACUAAGCGUCCAUCUUCCGUGUUUCACGUAUCCGGUCGUCUGGUCUGAGGUCGCGUAUCAAGAUAGCGUGGCAAUGAAGCAUGUGUUUCCGCCUGGAGCGGGCGAUGUUCCUGUCGUGCUUGCUAGCGCCGAGAACGCGAGUUAUGGUUGCUUUUUAGACGAGAGUGAGAGCGAAUCCGACAGCUCAUCGGACGAAGAAGCGAGCGUCUCAGACGGGAAAGGAGAUGGAAGGACUCGGAGAAAAGGCGUGACGCGCAUAAUAGACGUUCUCGACGACACAUGGUGCGUGGAUGUGCGGGAAGUCGACUCUCAUUCGGGUCUCGGCGGUGGAGCUUUUGUGUGCCUCGUAGACCACGAACUCGAAGGCAAUUUCGAACACCCCGCGCAUUUGAAGUACCUAAAGCUGCAGAAGGCCCAAGCGGGCGAAAAGGAGGGACAUCAGGUAUGAUUUGUAGAAGAUUACUAUAUUUGGCAUUAGGGCCAAGAAUGAUGAUGUCGGUAAGUAGAAAACUUUGAGUGUUUCUAUUUUUUUUUCGUCAAAACGAGGCUUGUCAAAACCACACAUCAAAGGGCGUUCUGCGUCCCAAUGCUGAGGAGCUAACGAAGCUGAACGACAUUUUGCGACGGCCGGUGACGCGUCAGUACUCGAUGGAUGAGAAGCUCCUCCUGUACAAGUUCCGGCACUCGCUGGUCGAUCGCAAGGAAGCGCUGAUAAAGUUUUUACACGUCGUAGAUUGGCAGGACGGUGCGGAAAAGCGGCACGCGCUAGAGCUCAUGCGGCAGUGGUCGCAGGUCGGAACUGACGACGCUCUCGCAUUUCUGUCCAAGGACUUCCGGGGCGUGGCCGAAGUACGUCGUUACGCGGUUGACCGUCUUGCGACAGCCACAGACGACGAGCUCCUGGGCUAUUUAUUACAGUUAGUGCAAGCGCUUCGUUACGCGCCAGACUCGGCCGACGACAAGGACGACAAAGAUGCGGGUGAGCAAGGGGAAGAGGCGGGCGCAAAUAAAUCCGGACGAGGCAAGGAGCCGUCAAGUGGGGGAAGCACUGCGGCAUCAGCGCUUUCGUCGGGCGCCAGAAGUCCGUCCAAAGACGGGGGAGCUUUGAGCUUAAGCGAGGCCGAUCCGCUUUUGUCGUUUUUGAUCGGUCGUGCGCAAUCGAACGUGGUGUUGGCGACCUACUUUCACUGGUUUUUGAUCGCCGAAAUCGAGGCAUCGGAUUCAGGGCAGUACGAGCGUGGAAGCGGUGGCGGCACCGAAGGUGGUGGCCUCUUCAACGCCUACAUAUUCGUGAAGGCGCGGCAGCAGUUGCUGGACACGCUGGAGGAACAUCAGCCCUCGUUUGCGCGCACCAUCAGCGACCAAAUCACGUUUCGCCGCAAACUUCUGUGGGCUAUGCGUGUUGCGAAAGCGCCGAAGCGGCAGUCUAUCGAACUGAAGAUAACGAAGUUUCAGGACGCACUGAGCGGCAAGCAGGUGGCUGAUCCGGAAGCCGGCGACCGGAUGGUUUCAAAGCAAUUCAAUGUGCUGGAUCUGCCGAUGAUCGUUGAUCCACACAAAAGGUUGUUGCGGAUCAUUCCCGCAAAAUGUUUCCUCAUCAAGAGCGCGAUGUACCCAGCGGUUCUGCACUGCGAGGUGCGGGAAGGCGCGGUCGGCGAGGACGGCAAAACUGGUAUGGUCGACUCGCGCAAGUACAUGUUCAAAGAAGGUGAUGACUUGCGGCAAGAUCAACUCGUUGUGCAAAUGAUCAUUCUGAUGGACUCUAUUUUCAAGAAAUAUGGUCUGGAUCUGCGCCUCACUCCCUACAAAGUGAUUGCGUGCAGCACAAUCGACGGCUUGAUCGAGUUUGUGCCAGACGCGCGCAAUCUGUCGGCGGUGUUGGCGGAGAACAACAACGACCUUCUCGCGUACUUCCGCUCCAUAAGUCGCGGGCAGCAGAAGAUGGCGCACAGCAAAGCAGGAUAUAGUCCCACCAAUGCGGACAACCCGAUGAACACCGCUAGCAGUGUACAACAGCACGAGCAGAUGUCGCGGUUGCACGAAGUGGACAGCGAAAUUUUGGACAAUUUUGUGCGCUCCUGUGCGGGCUACUGCGUGAUCACCUACAUUCUAGGUAUUGGCGACCGACAUCUGGACAAUCUGAUGGUUACCUCGCGCGGCCAGAUGUUUCAUAUUGACUUUGGCUUUAUCUUGGGCAAGGACCCGAAGCCCUUCCCGCCACCGAUGAAGCUGUGCAGGGAAAUGGUAGACGGUAUGGGCGGCAAAGAUAGUCCUUACUAUCGCUCCUUUCUCUCGAACGCGUGCGAAGCGUUUAAGAUUCUACGACGACAUCAGAAUUUGUUGCUGAAUUUGCUCUACCUCAUGUCGGAUGCCGGGAUCAAGGAUAUUUCCCAUUUCGCACUCAGCAAGCUCCAAGAGAAGUUCUUGCCGGAAAUGAACGACGAGGCGGCGGAAAGUCAGUUCAUCACGCUCAUAAACGAGUCAGUCAAUGCGCUGUUCCCACAAAUGAUGGAGAAACUUCACAAAUGGGCAGUGUACUGGAGAUAA